AUGCUCAUCUGUGGGAGAGACUCUAGGGCUGCAGAUAAGACUGUUGCCAUGGUCCUGAAGGAGAUACCAAGUAAGGCGUCUUCAGAAGGGAAACCCCUCCUCACGGUGACAACCAAGCUGGUGAGUGAGCAACAAGAGAGCCGCCCCCUGCUCAGCCCCUCCAUCGACGACUUUCUCUGUGAGACCAAGUGCGAUGGAGCUGCCCGCCCAGUGACUUCAAACACAGCAGUCAACAUUGCCUCUCCUUUGGAGAAAUGGGAGGAGCUCUACCUCCACCCUGAAAGAAACGGCAGCAGAAAGUGGAAAUUGGAAAGACAACGUUCAUCGAAAAACUCCUCCAGCGAACUUCUGUGGUCCAUAGACUGCAAAACACAACCAGAGGCAACCCCCAAGAACUCAUUGGAAGUGAAUACCAAAGCAGAGGCAGAGCCAGCUCUAGCAUUUCAAGGCCAUCUGAGUAAAGAGCGGUUCGGUGGCGGUGCCCUCCUGUCCAGAAACCAGUCCCUGGAGGAAGAGUUUGAGCGUGCCAAGGCGGCUGUCGAGUCAGACACAGAGUUCUGGGACAAGAUGCAGGCAGAGUGGGAGGAGCUAGCGCGACGGAACUGGUUAACGGAGAACGAGCAGGCCCAGAUCCCCUCCAGUGUGUCGCCUCACGAGAAGGGCUACUACUUUCACACGGACAACCCCUACAAGGACUGGCCCAACGCAUUUAAGGAGGGGUUUCGAAAGUCCAAAGAGGGAGACCUGCCCAACGCUGUGCUGUUACUGGAGGGGGCCAUUUUACAGGAUCCCCAGGACUCAGAGGCUUGGCAAGUGUUGGGGACCACCCAGGCCGAGAAUGAGAACGAGCAGGCUGCUAUUGUCUCCCUCCAGAGGUGUCUGGAGCUCCACCCCAACAACCUCCAGGCCCUCAUGGCCCUUGCGGUGAGCCUGACCAACACGGGCAUGAGGCAGGAUGCCUGCGAGGUGCUGUUGUGCUGGCUCCGCCACAACUCUAAGUACAAUCACCUGCUGAAGGACAAGAGCCACCUGGCGGGCUCCCCAGGCUGCCAACGUAGGAUGUCUCGUGUCUCUACUGUGGGCAGCUCCCUACUGCCGGAGGUCAAGGAGUUGUUCCUGGAGGCUGCCCAGCACAACAGGGAUACUGACCCAGACCUGCAGACGGGCCUGGGCGUGCUGUUCAACAUCAGCGCCGAGUUCAACAAAGCUGUGGAGGCCUUCAAUGCUGCUCUGUCGGUGCGGCCAGAGGACUACCUGCUGUGGAACCGCCUGGGGGCCACGCUGGCUAACGGGGACCGCAGCGAGGAGGCGGUGGAAGCCUACACCAGAGCCCUGGAGCUCCAGCCGGGCUUCAUUAGGUCCCGCUACAACCUGGGCAUCAGCUGCAUCAACCUGGGAGCACACAGGGAGGCGGCCAGUAACUUCCUAACGGCACUGAGUCUGCAGAGGAAGAGCCGGAGUCAGCAGCUCUCGCACCAGGUAAUGUCGGGGAACAUCUGGGCCGCCCUGCGGAUAGCCCUCUCCAUGAUGGACCAGCCGGAGCUCUUCCAGGCGGCCAAUAUCGGAGACCUAGACCUACUCAUGAAAGCCUUCAACCUGGACAUGUGAGUGGAGAUGAGCCAUGGAGAUGAGGCUCUACUCUCCUACCAACAGCCAAGAACC